CAUUACAGGGCGGGAAAAGAAAUUCGACACAUUUAGAAUCACACUGGGCCAAACGUAACGAAAGGAACCAGACUGAGAGAUUUGGGAAUAAAGGAGGACAUCAUUGAUUUCAAUUACAUUUUUGAUUUUUUUAUAGCAUCUUCUUAUUUCCCCAUGUGAAUUUUAUUUUUGCACAAAAGCGGACCUCCAACUGAUAACAUAUAUCAGUGAAUCUGCUGUGUGUCUGUGGGUCAAGAAGAAGAAGAAGAGCAGGAAUGGAGAAAAUGAACGGUUUCUCGCGGGGACGGAACAUCCUGUGCCUGUUUGACGUGGACGGCACCCUGACACCGCCGAGAGAAAAAAUCGACCCAAACCUUGAUGAGUUUUUUCAGACUCUGAGAAGAAAAGUAAAGAUCGGCAUUGUUGGGGGGUCAGACUAUCCCAAGAUUGCAGAGCAGCUUGGAGAAGGAGAUGAUGUCAUACACAAGUUUGACUAUGUGUUUGCUGAAAAUGGAACAGUUCAGUACAAAGAUGGGAAACUUGUCUCAAAACAUACCAUACAGAACCACAUUGGCGAGGAGCUGCUGCAGGAUCUGAUUAACUUCUGCCUCAGCUACAUGGGACUCAUCAAGCUGCCAAAGAAACGGGGAACUUUCAUUGAAUUCAGAAAUGGAAUGAUUAACAUUUCACCUAUUGGUCGGAGCUGCACAUUGGAGGAAAGAAUAGAAUUUUCUGAAAUUGACAAGAGAGAGAAGAUCAGGGAGAAAUUUGUUGCUGCCCUGAAAGAAGAGUUUGCUGGAAAGGGUCUUCGCUUUACCAAAGGUGGUCUAAUCAGCUUUGACGUCUUCCCUGAAGGCUGGGACAAAAGGUUAUGUUUGGACCUGCUGGAGGGUGAAGGCCUGGAUGCCAUUUACUUCUUUGGCAACGAGACCUCAGAUGGAGGAAAUGACUAUGAAAUCUUCAACGACCCUCGGACCAUCGGUUUCACAGUCUACUCCCCUCAGGACACGGCCAGGCUUUGUCGAGAGCUGUUCUUUGAUUCCACACCACAAAUCUUCUGAUAUCCAGAUUCCCACCCCCCAAUUCCAUUACCCACAAACCCCUCUGAACUGGAUCACAACAGGGUCCACACUGGGUCCUGUUUAUGAAACCAUGAACGGUACAACUACUGAUCCCUCCAUAUUAUUAAUAUAAAGCUAAAUAUUAAUAACACAGAGGUGUUCCGACUAAAAAUGUUUGCUAGGUUGCACGAUUUUAUUUUAUUUUUAAAACAGGAACAGAGACAGUGUUUCAUAUAAAGUACUGUGCCAAAAGUUGCGCUUGAUUUCUGUGAUAUGUAGCAUGACACCUGAGAUGAAGCAGAAGCUUUGAGAGAUUUAAAAACAGGAAUGUUAAAACUGUACAGAGUCAUAUUUGCACUGCCAUGUUUUUCAUGAAUGUUGAAAGUGAGAAGAAUGAGAGUGAUUGAAAUGUGAAGGUAUGUGAUCAUUUUAGUCUAAAAGGGGCCUUUCAUCCUCCUCGGCUGCGGAGGAAACACAGAAGGGAACAAGUAUUUUCAUGUGAAAACUGGAUUUGAUAUUUAUUAAAUGUUUUAGUUUUUCUUUACGAAUCAUAUUGAAAAGAUGAAAAUUUGCACAACUUUUAUUUUUUGUUUAUUGUAAUCAUCUUUAAAUGUAUUUAUAAGACACAGUUUUAAGGUUACAUAAAAAAGAUUCAUGGCAGUGAAUGGAUUUUAAAACGAUAAGUAAAAUGUUUUAAGAACUCUUCUCUUAUUUUGGCUAUGCAUAUACAUGGGCAGUAAAAAAAAAUACUGAUAAUUGCCCAUUUUCAUUAUAUUUACUUUUUUUUUAAUUAACUAAAUCCUGAACAAACCUAUCUUGAGGUUUUAUGAAGUUCGUGUGUAAUCUGGUGCUCCCUUUUGAAAGCUUGACUUAUCUGCUCGUAUGGGAUUUUAAUGUAUCACUUAACUAUAAAAAGAAUCUAUGAAAAAAGAUGUCUGAUUUCUGCAAUAAAUCUUUUUUGUAUAAACUUCAAUCCCUGUUUUGUUAUUUUUAACCCUUGAAGCGCCUGUCAUUCUACUUUCAGCCACUAGAUGUCCUCAUUGCUUGAGCUAAAUACCAUUGAAUGUCUGUUCCUUCUGUUUUUCCUCUGUAAAUGUUGAUGUUUUCCAUUCACAAAGUUUUAUAUUUGAUGACUAUCAAGAACACAUUUGAAAAAUGAAUCAUUAUUUUAUACUUAAAAAAAACA